CUACACCGGUCGGGGGCGAAGGGGAGCGUGGCGCGCCCCACCGGCAGCGGCCGUCCCUCCCCCCGCCGCGCGGGGCUCUCGGCGCCAGCACGGACCCGCCCCAAACGCGCCGCACAAGUUGGUCUGCCGGGGCUUGCCGUAGGGACGAGCACUGCGCAUGUGCGGCCGUUGGUGUCCGGGAGCGUGAGGAGCCAGGGGUGGGGGUCGCGGUGUGUCAGGGGCGCCCCGCAAUGAAGUCCCGCUUCAACACCAUCGACAUCCGGGCGGUGCUGGCCGAGCUCAGGGACAGCUUAUUGGGAAUGAGAGUAAACAAUGUCUAUGAUGUGGAUAAUAAGACCUAUCUUAUUCGUCUUCAAAAGCCAGACUGUAAAGCUACACUUCUAAUUGAAUCUGGUAUACGGAUUCACACAACAGAGUUUGAGUGGCCAAAGAAUAUGAUGCCAUCUGGAUUUGCAAUGAAGUGUCGUAAGCAUUUAAGGAGUAGAAGACUUGUCAGUGUAAAACAGCUGGGGAUAGACAGAAUUGUAGACUUUCAAUUUGGAAGUGAUGAAGCAGCCUAUCAUCUCAUUGUUGAGCUUUACGACAGAGGAAACAUUGUUCUGACAGACUAUGAAUACUUAAUUUUAAACAUCCUGAGGUUUCGCACAGAUGAGGCAGAUGAUGUCAAAUUUGCAGUUCGGGAACGGUACCCAGUUGAUAACGCUAAAGCAUCUGCACCAUUACCUACCUUGGAAAGGUUGACUGAAACAAUAUUAAAUGCACCUAACGGGGAACUGCUAAAGAGAGUCCUUAACCCACAUCUUCCUUAUGGAGCCACACUCAUUGAGCACUGCCUUAUAGAAGCUGGAUUGUCUGGUAAUGCCAAAGUAGAUCAACAGAUGGGAAGCAAAGAAAAUAUUGAAAGGGUACUUUCUGCUUUACAGAAGGCAGAAGAAUAUAUGAAGAUAACUAACAACUUUAGUGGAAAGGGUUAUAUCCUCCAGAAACGGGAGAAAAAGCCAAGCCUGGAGCCAGAUAAACCUGCAGAAGAAAUCCUCACAUAUGAGGAAUUUCAUCCUUUCUUGUUUUCUCAACAUCUAAAGUGUCCGUACAUGGAAUUCGAAACAUUUGAUAAGGCCGUGGAUGAAUUUUACUCCAAGCUAGAAGGUCAGAAGAUUGAUCUGAAAGCUUUGCAACAGGAAAAACAAGCACUGAAGAAGCUGGAAAAUGUUCGUAAAGAUCAUGAGCAUAGACUAGAAUCUCUUCAUCAAGCUCAGGAAAUUGAUAAGGUAAAAGGAGAACUCGUAGAAAUGAACCUGGACAUAGUUGACCGAGCUAUCCAGGUGGUCCGCAGUGCCUUAGCCAACCAGAUAGACUGGACUGAAAUUGGAGCAAUUGUAAAAGAAGCUCAGGCUCAGGGAGACCCUGUUGCGAGUGCAAUCAAAGAAUUAAAGCUUCAGACAAAUCAUAUCACAAUGCUACUAAAAAACCCGUAUGUAUUAUCGGAGGAGGAGGAGGAGGAAGAUGACGAAGCUGAUCAUUGGAAAGAAGUUGAAGAACCAAAAGGGAAGAAGAAAAAGCAUAAAAAUAAACAGCUGAAGAAACCUCAGAAAAACAAGCCAUUGUUGGUUGAUGUUGAUCUCAGUUUGUCUGCAUAUGCCAAUGCUAAAAAAUAUUAUGAUCAUAAGAGACAUGCAGCCAAAAAAACACAGAAGACAGUAGAAGCUGCAGAGAAGGCAUUCAAAUCAGCAGAAAAGAAGACAAAGCAAACAUUGAAAGAAGUUCAAACAGUUACCACCAUUCAGAAAGCAAGAAAGGUUUAUUGGUUUGAGAAGUUCCUGUGGUUUAUUAGCUCUGAAAAUUACCUCAUUAUAGCUGGAAGAGAUCAACAGCAGAAUGAAAUGAUUGUGAAGCGAUAUUUGAAAUCAGGAGAUAUAUAUGUGCACGCUGACCUACAUGGUGCAACUAGCUGUGUAAUCAAGAAUCCUACAGGUGAGCCGAUCCCUCCCCGGACCCUGACUGAGGCAGGCACCAUGGCAUUAUGUUACAGUGCUGCCUGGGAUGCUCGUGUCAUCACUAGUGCCUGGUGGGUCUAUCAUCACCAGGUGUCUAAAACAGCACCAACUGGAGAAUAUCUGACUACAGGGAGCUUCAUGAUAAGAGGGAAAAAAAACUUUCUUCCACCUUCAUAUCUUAUGAUGGGGUUUAGCUUCUUAUUUAAGGUGGAAGAAUCUUGUGUUUGGAGACACAGAGACGAACGAAAGAUCAAAGUGCAGGAUGAGGAUAUGGAGUCUGUGACCAGUAGUACCAAUGAACUGGUGUCAGAAGAAGUGGAGCUACUAGAAGAAGCACCAGAAGGAGAUGAUAGCAGCACUGAUGAUGAGAAGGCACUGCCUCAAGAAAUGCCUGAUGGUAUUGAAGUCAGGUCUAACAGUAACCACGAGGAGGACGUUGCUCAUGCAGACAAGGAUGGAAUAAACAAGCUACCAGCACAAGAGGGAACCUCUGAAGACGAUGAUGUAGAAUCUGAAGAAGAGGCUGAAGGUCAGGAGCUGAUGAGUGAAGUAAAGGAGGAGGAGAUAAAUUAUCCAGACACUGCAAUUGACCUGUCACAUCUUCAGCCACAAAGUCUUCACAGAUCCCACCAGAAAAUGGUUACAAAAGAGGAAGCAUCUAACCUGAGUGACAGUAAGUCACAUGGGCGAAGACACUUGUCAGCCAAGGAGAGAAGGGAAAUGAAGAAAAAGAAGCAGCAACAUGACAUAGAGGAUUUAGAACCAGCUGAAGGAAAGGAAAGAGAGACCAGCGCACAGCUCCCAUCUUCUCCUGUUUCAAACAAGAGCAUGUCAGCCCCUCAGCCCAUGAAACGAGGACAGAAGAGUAAAAUGAAAAAAAUGAAAGAGAAGUACAAGGACCAGGAUGAAGAAGACAGAGAGCUCAUAAUGAAGCUAUUGGGUUCUGCAGGGUCAAGCAAAGAAGAAAAAGUGAAGAAAGGUAAAAAAGGAAAAAUAAAAGAAUCAGUAAAGAAACAAGCCCAGAAACCAAACAGAGGCCAUCAGGUUGAUGCAGGUCGUAAAGAGGAAACCCCCACGGUAGAAGUAUUAACACAUGAGUUACAGGACAUGACCCUGGAAGAUCAGCAGGAGGAGAAGGAGGAACAGGAUCAAGAUCAACAGGAAAAUGAGGAAGGAGAGAGACUGCUAAAUUCUCUGACAGGCCAGCCUCACUCGGAGGAUAUCCUCCUCUUUGCUAUACCCAUAUGUGCACCUUACACUACCAUGACCAACUAUAAAUACAAAGUGAAGCUCACUCCAGGCACCCAGAAGAAAGGAAAAGCUGCCAAGACUGCUUUGCAUAAUUUCAUGCAUUACAAAGAAGCUACCACAAGAGAAAAAGAUUUAUUUCGCAGUGUAAAGGAUACUGAUUUAUCAAGAAAUAUUCCUGGUAAAGUGAAAGUGUCUGCACCUAAGCUCCUGAACAUGAAAAAGAAGUGAGUGCUGGUCGUAAAUCAUGAAUAUGUGUUUGAACUGCCACUCCUGCUUCAGAAGAGGACAGACCCAAACCUGCCAUCUGGACCUCUUCCAAUUUUGCUAAUAAAGUAAAAUAGCUAUAAUCAGUUGGACUAAAUUUAAGAGGCAGAGGUGAACUGUUUCCUGCAUCUGACCCUGGCCUAUGUCUAUUCGUUUGGACUUUAAAUUACAUGUAGCAUGUGACUCCUCUGAAGUGCACAAGUAAAGUACUACUGGCCUUAGCUGUCAAAGGCGAGACUGA